GACUUCAUUUCCGGGCGUCGUUACUGGCAGAGGUGAAAGGCACAAACACAUUUAGCACAGAUUUAACCAUUAAUUUGGCUUCAAUAUCGGAUUUAUUAGCGAAAUUUGUCUUCGUUCUGUUGAAGCGAUCGGCGGACAUUAUCGCGGAGGAGCUCGGAUCUGAAAUCAGAACAAACCGAAGCACAAAAGUGAAGGAAUGGGGCGAGCAAACUCGUUUCGUUUAGAAGUGAAAGAGAAUUCCGACUGAAACUCAUUUGAAUUGAACAGUUUCCGUCAGGAUUAGACAGUUAAUAUUUAAACUCUAGAAGUCUAGGACAUAUGUUAAGAUAUCGGAUUAUUAUUUCAGUUACAGUAUAUGUUGUUUCAUGAGUCCGUUCAUAUAAUCACUGAAAGUCUUCAUUUGUUUUAUAAAUAUAUAAACAGCUCAUAAGAUCCAUAUUAAUAACGCAGCGCAAAUAUAAUGUCGGUUGGUCUGGCAGAAACUCUCCAUGUGCUUCAUAUAUGAGCUGAAGAGCUCAGGCAGGUGUUUUUAAUGGGAGACGGCUUGAUCUGUUCUGAGAUCAGCGGGCGAAUCUUGCACAGAUGGCGGAGGUACCGGCUCUGGCCCGGUUGGAGUCCCUGGCCCGGUACGUUCACAAAGCGGCUAGUGAGGGGAGAGUCCUGACGCUGGCUGCCCUGCUCCUGAACCACUCCACCGUCCAGACUCGAUACCUGCUGGAGUAUGUGACCCAGGAGGGCGGACAGAGAUCCACACCGCUCAUCAUUGCUGCUCGAAACGGACACGACAAGGUGGUCCGGCUGCUUCUGGACCAUUACAAGGUGGACACCGAACAGACCGGAACUGUCAGAUUUGACGGGUAUAUUAUUGACGGCGCCACGGCUCUUUGGUGUGCAGCUGGCGCUGGUCAUUUCGAAGUGGUACGUUUGCUGGUUUCACACAACGCCAACGUAAAUCACACCACCCUCACGAACUCCACGCCCCUCAGAGCUGCGUGUUUCGACGGCCGUCUGGACAUCGUACGGUAUCUAGUAGAGCACAAGGCCGACAUCAGCAUCGCCAAUAAGUACGGCAACACUUGUUUGAUGAUCGCCGCCUACAAGGGCCACACCGAUGUUGUUUACUUCCUGCUGGAGCGCGGCGCGGAUGCCAACUCCAAAGCUCACUGCGGAGCCACCGCGCUGCACUUUGCGGCAGAAGCCGGGCAUUUGGAUAUCGUGAAAGAGUUGGUACGAUGCCAAGCGGCUAUGGUGGUUAACGGACAUGGAAUGACGCCGCUAAAAGUGGCAGCUGAAAGCUGCAAGGCGGACGUCGUAGAGCUGCUGCUGUCGCAUGCGGAUUGUGACGCCCAUAGCCGCAUUGAGGCGUUGGAACUGCUUGGAGCAUCUUUCGCCAACGAUCGUGAGAAUUACGACAUACUUAAGACCUACCACUACUUGUACCUCGCCAUGCUAGAGCGAUUUCGCGAUCCUGAGAGGCCUAUCGCCAAAGAGUUGCCGUCACCCGUAGCGGCGUACGGAGGGAGAGCCGAAUGCCGGACUUUGCAAGACUUGGAGGCCAUUCGACACGACCGGGACGCGCUACAUAUGGAAGGCCUGAUGAUUCGCGAGCGAAUUCUGGGUGCAGAUAACAUAGACGUCUCGCAUCCCAUAAUAUAUCGUGGCGCAGUCUACGCCGACAACAUGGAGUUCGAACAGUGCAUCAAACUCUGGCUGCACGCCUUGCAUCUACGCCAACAAGGAAACCGCAACACGCAUAAAGACCUCCUGAGAUUUGCGCAAGUGUUCUCGCAAAUGGUCCACUUGAAGGAGCCGGUCCGCGCGUCAGACGUCGAACACGUCUUGCGCGCCAGCGUCCUGGAGAUUCGCCGCAGCAUGGCGCGCGUGCGAACCUCCACCGAUGCGGAGUUGCCGGCAGCCACCGACAACUACGAAUCCAACGUGUUCACUUUCCUAUACCUGGUUUGCAUCUCUACGAAAACGCAGUGCGGCGAAGAGGAACGUGCGCGAAUAAACAAACAAAUCUACGACUUGAUACGCCUAGAUCCGCGAUCCCGAGAGGGGUCGUCGCUUUUGCACCUAGCGGCUAGCUCUAGUACACCAGUUGACGACUUUCACACCAACGACGUUUGCAGCUUUCCCAACGCGCAAGUGACUAAGCUGCUCAUAGACUGUGGCGCACAGGUGAACGCCGUGGACCAUGAAGGAAACAGCCCUUUACACCUCAUUGUACAGUACAAUCGUCCCAUCAGUGACUUUUUGACACUUCACGCCAUCAUUAUUAGCCUCGUCGAAGCCGGCGCUCAUACGGACAUGACCAACAAGCAAAAGAAGACACCGCUUGAUAAGAGCACAACGGGCGUUUCUGAAAUCCUUCUGAAGACGCAGAUGAAGAUGAGUCUGAAAUGCCUGGCGGCUCGUGCCGUGCAACAACAUCAGAUCUUGUAUCGGGACCAGAUUCCCAAAAGCCUGGAGGAGUUUGUUGAAUUUCACUGAGGUGGACUUUUGGGUUUCCGUCAGAUCUGUUUUUUUUUUUUUU